CUCAUGGUGCUGACAUCACAUGACAGGCCUUGCAAAGUGUUGCAAUCAUGGAUUGGCCCGCCCAGUCUCCAGAUUUAUCUCUAUAGAGCAUUUCUGGGAUGCCAUGGAUAGAUGGAUUACGUCUCAUAGCCAUCCAGCGCGCACUGUAUAACAACUGAUUGCACAAGUUGUGCAGGCAUGGAGAGAUAUAACCCAACAAGACAUUCAAGCACUUAUUGUUUCAAUGCCUGCAAGGAUCCAAGAGUAUAUCCAUGCUCAAGGUGGCCAUACCUCUUACAGAAACAUGUACCAAACAGCAAUAAAACUUCGUGUAAUUCAUUUCAUUUUGUGUUCAUUUCUUCUGCGUAUGCCCCUGUACAUGUUUACCAAGUUUCAUGAAUUUCUAUCAAUUCCAUCUAGGUGUAACACUUUCAAUUUCUGCCAGUGUAUAAGGGAUCAAAGAAAUUUUCCAUUAAUGACAUGUUUUCGCUCUAUACAGGUCCUGUUAUAGACAGGUUUGACUGUACUCGCAUUUAAAUAAAAUAGAGAAAAAAAGAUUUUUAUUAAUAUUCAAAAUAAUCAGUUUAAUUAACUAAUAUAAUUUUUAUUCCACAUUAAUUUCAAAUAAAGCUGAAUCCCUUAAUGUUCUAUAUUAUAAAAUUUGAUAUUUGUUUUUUAUUAAUCAACAUUGCAGGUCAUCUUUUGUUUGAGAUGGCUGCUGGUUAUGAACUCAAUACUCCUUAUCCAAAAGAAAAGAAUUACAGGGAUUUAAAUCAUUGUCCACGGAUUAUUAAAGUCUUAAAAUUUAUUUUUAGACAAGAAGGUAUUCAUUAUCCUCUUAUACAAGAAAUAUCUCGGUUAGAAUUUUUUAGACAUAUUGAUUUGAGAGAACUUCGUUCACAUUCUUUUCCAGCGAAUCUAAGCAUUUCUGCACAUACACUACUCAGAGAUGUUCGUUAUUAUCAAAAAUAUCACAUUAGAACUUCACCAUUUUCUACACUAUCACCGACCGAAAGAAGUUCUAAUAAUUAUUUAAAUUUAGGGGAUAGGCAUCUGGACUGCACUCAAUGGAGAACAGUUAGUCCAUAUCAUAAAACUUCGGACUCUCGCACAUUCUACGUUGUGUAAUUUUGAUAAUUCCAUAGUUAAAAAUUCUUAUUAUAAUUUCAGUUAUAUUCUAUAAUAACUGAUUUUCCAAAAAAAAAAGACUUAAAAAAAUAAAAAUAAAGCACUAAAGAUUUGUAUUGUGUAAAAGAUAGGGUAGUACAAUUUUGAUACAAUUACUUACAAGGCAAUGGGAUUAAAUGGGGUGUUAAAGCUGUUGCCGAUCGGUUUAUGGUGAAUAAUAAUUGACAACUUGAAAACUAAUCCUUUCAGAACCAGAUAUUUUUACCAAUACGAUAUUUACGAUAUGUAUGUUUUCAUGUUAUUUAGAGAAAAUAUUAUUUUUAUAACAUGCUCAUAUAUAUAUGUAAUAUAAUAUAUUAAAUUACUAAUGUUAUGUACAUAUUUUUUUUUUAUUAUUACAGAAAUUCUAUUCCUUUUAUAAUUGAGGUAAAUCAAGAAAUAUUGUUAAAAUUAACUGAUUUUUAUGAAUCUUUUCCUCAAAGAAUUAAUAUGAGUACAAUAUACCUGUAGGGAUCUAACAUGCUAUUAAUGCU